AAUGAAUUAUUGGCUGUAUUGAAUAUACUUAAAUUUUAGAUAAUUUCAUUGUUUACGCUUAUACUUCUUAUUUUUAUAAAAUGGCAUAUUGUCAAAGUUAUACACCCGAUUAUUUUGCAUUAAAUGAUAUUUUAUCUACUGAAGAACGGGUAUCUUGUAAAAUUGAAAUAGAGUUGCUUGGUUUAGGUUUUUUGGAUUCUUCAUCUACAUCUAGAGAUUUAAAGGUAGGAUCAAAAGUAGAAUUUCCAUUAUGGUUAGCAGAAUCAUUAAAGAAUUUGAAAGAUUCAAUAGUUAGUAUUGAUGUACCAAAUAUAUAUAAAGAAGGAUACAGGGAAAUUUUAGAAGCAGAUGCUGAUGCUAUUGUCUUAAGUAAAUGGAAUCCAUUUUAUUAUGAAAUAGGAAUGCAUGUAAGAAAAUUUAAUGAUAGAGAUUCUGAACAAAUCACAGAAAGCUUAUUACAGACAUUUAAGUCUCGUUUUCGAUUAGUUAUGGACUGGGCUCAAAAUCCAAUAUCUGAUCCUACAUUAGCAAAUCAACUUCCUCGUCUCGAAAGAGAUCUUUUUCUUAUCGGCCGAAAAGCUAAAGUUCGGCUUUUAGAAUGGUUAAAAGGAGAUACAAAUAACAUUAUUUCUUCUGAAAUUACAACAAACUUAAAAAAAACGAAAACGUGCACAAUUUGAGCUUAAUUAAUGAUCUUAUUUUAUAAAAAAAAAAAAAAA